UUGCUGAGAAGACAAAUAACUUGUGUAAACAAGAAAAUGGCCAGGACCAAGCAGACCGCCCGUAAAUCUACCGGAGGAAAAGCUCCCAGGAAGCAGCUCGCCACCAAGGCUGCCCGUAAGAGCGCCCCGGCCACCGGAGGCGUGAAGAAGCCCCACCGUUACAGGCCCGGUACUGUUGCUCUGAGGGAGAUCCGCCGCUACCAGAAGUCUACCGAGCUGCUGAUCCGCAAGCUGCCCUUCCAGCGCCUGGUUAGGGAGAUCGCUCAGGACUUCAAGACUGACCUGCGCUUCCAAAGCUCAGCUGUCAUGGCUCUGCAGGAGGCUAGCGAGGCUUACCUGGUCGGUCUGUUUGAGGACACCAACCUGUGCGCCAUCCACGCUAAGAGGGUCACCAUCAUGCCCAAAGACAUCCAGCUGGCCCGCCGCAUUCGCGGAGAGAGGGCUUAAGCUGUUCUGGGACCAGUUUACACCAAACACAACGGCUCUUUUAAGAGCCACACAUCUUCAAUAAGAGCUUGGGAUUUUUCACUAUGUGCUGGGUUAAAGCUCAUUGAUUUAACAGUACUUUAUCAGCUAGUCUAAAGCCUUCUAUCAGUGUUUAAAUAACUAAACCCUUAAAUAAUUCAGGGAAAUUGUCAUGUCCUAUUGCUUAAUAUUCAUGUUUUGUGAUAGAAGCUUAUGACAGAAACCUUAAGGUAGCUAAGAAAAAAGGUUAAGUAUUUGAAGUUUUAAGAACCAGAUCUAGUGGAGAUGGUAUUUUGUGACAUUAAUUUGUUAGUACUUCACGUGGCUGCACAGUAUGACCCUGCAGGAAGGGUGCUCUACGAAGAAGGGAAGAUAUUCAAAUGGCAGUGAGUCUGUCUGAAGUUUCCCAAUCUGGGUUAUAUACCCAAAGGUCACAAGCUAUGUUGGUUUUUGAUGAAUAUGGUAAAGUAUCAAAGUGCCAAUUUGUACUGAGAGAUGCAGUUUUUACCUAUUGGGAUAAAACAAUUAACUUUAAUACAAAAUAAGCUGUCAAGUAAGACAGUAUGCAUGCAGUUAUCAUC